GUGCUGAUCGUCUCUCAAUCCACGCCACACCACGCCAAGCGCCACGAGAAUGCCACGGUGUUACAUCGUGAAAAAGCAACAGCCCGCGGCAACGGUGAUGCCAUACCAGCGGAACCAGCGGUCAACAACGGUUGUGACCACUGGUGGCGGUGGUAAUGGUGGCGUCAGUGCCACCACCACCACCACCACCACCACCACAAACCAACGGCAACAACAUCAAACGGCGACGAUGGUGACGCGACAGGUGCUAACGGUCAGCAAUGGAAAGGUGAAGGAGGAAGCGGCAGCAGCGAAUGGACGUACAGCGGAACGACGCCCCCGGAAUGGCCACCCAGCACCGGUGGUGACCGGUGGAACUGCGAAGAAGCAGAAAAGUGAAGCCAGCAGCAGUGCCUUGGGAAAUGUGAUGGUCGAGAGCAAUGGCGUCGCGGUCACGCCAGGAAAGGGCCACCACCAUGGUGCCCCCACCAGCCAGCUCGUGCUGCUGAACAGUGUCAGUGUCAUUAGCGGGGGUCCAGCACGUAGUGGUGGUGGUGGUGGUGCGCCGGACACCAAGACCAACAACAACAACAUCAUCGACAGUGGUAAUCAGCAGCAGCAGCAGCGAAAGGACGUCGAGCAGUCGAGCGGUCCGGUUAGCCCAACCGAGGGCUGCGUGGCACCGAUUUACUACACAAACAUUUCGGAUAACAAGAGUGGAUUCACCAUACCGCUCAGUGACUUCCGGACAUUCAAAUGUGGGCCAAACAACAGCACCAACAACACCAAUCCAAUCAACGUAAAGACCAACUCCUCCAGGCAUCUGUCGGUAAGUGCUUCCACCACCAACCCGUCUGCGGCGUCGGCGGCCAACGUCGGUGGCAGCACGUUGGAGGAACCGACCGUCCUGACGAUCCGCGUUCCCACGUCCUCCACCACCAUCACCACCGUUGGCGGAGGUACCACGGCUUCACUCUACGCACCGCAGCACCAGCAGCAACAACAACAACACCAAGCGCUUCUCGCAUCGAUAGGCGCCAAAUCUGGCCGUAAUAAUCCUAAUUAUGGUAGCAGCCAUCGGCGUGACGCCGGCCCCGGCACUAACGCCACGACGUCCACGACGUCGACGACGACAGCCACAUUAAUUUAUGCCGAAACAUCUUCCGUGUCGCCCAUCGUGGCCGCGGCCGCUGCAGCCCAACUGUCCGAUAAGAGGCAAGAUAAAUCAUCGCUUCUCGCACCAUCGUACCAGCGGCACGGCCAUGCAACAACAACAGGUCGUCUGCUACUACCAGCAGCAGCACCAGCAGCAGCGGCGACGGCUUCUCAUCAGCAGCAGCAGCAGCCAGUGGCGCAACCAAGUCCGGCGCAACAGUCAAGUACCGUUUACCAGGACACCGUUGCCACCGGCACGACGAACGCAGCGACAACACCACCGUACGACACUACGGCGGCCAUAUUUCGCGAUCGGAGCAUAGAAGAAACGGAAGCCGCACAUGAUUUAUUGUCACUGUCGCAAAGCUUACCGCCCCUGACGGCCCCGUGCGUCGUGACGAUACUGCAUCCUCCUUUCCAGUCCCAGGCCCAGCAGCAACAGGAGCAGCAUCAGCAACACUUCCUCGACCAGCAACGUCCGAACGAGCCGGGCAUCAUCAGCAUUGUCGGUGGCCCAUCAGGGGGAGGCAUGGUCACUGUCGGCGCAACAGCAGCGGCUAAUUACCAACCGUGUCCGCCCGGAUCUUCGAUCUCGAUGAUAAUACCCUGCUACGAGCUGACCAGUGCCCCGGGACUAGUGACCGGUGAUGGCGCUGAUGGUGGUACGACGAUAAAGGCCAUCUCGCCGGUGGUCGGUGCGACUGGUCCACUGACACCACCAACCUCGGAACACUCGUCCGAUACCGAGUGUUCAUCGAGCGGAACACCCGGUAGUUCCGGAUCAGCGGCCUCCGGUGUGUUCUCUUUCGUGCACUCCAGCUCACCAUCCUCUUCGUCCUCGUCAUCGUCCUCUUCUUCCUCAUCUUGUUCGUCGUCACGGUACGCGUCUACGCGUCAGUCUUCCGCCGGUCAACCAGAGGGGGCUGCCACUACGUCCUCCGGCGGUGGUCGAAGGCUUUCCCGCAGACCACAACAACACACCUCCAACGGAACGUCCGUCAUCGUGAAUGGUUCUGCGUUGGCACGGAAGCACAAGGCAGCCACGACGACAACGGCAUCCAGUGGACAAGGUCCGGCCACUAAGGUGCCAGCCCUUUCAACGGCAGGAUCCAAUAAGGCAGCCGAAUUGUACACCUACGAUGAUCUCAUUUCGAGCGAUGGUCGCUCGAAGAACAGAAAGAAAGCGGCAUCAAAGGAGGCGAAGGCAGAAACGAAUGGAACGGCGUCCAACUCUCCAAAGGCCACUGCGUCAGCGAGCAAGUCGACGGUUACUGCGUCCAGUAGUAAAGGAGCGACGAGUGGCAACGAAUCGGAUCCAUCGGUAGAGUCCAGCUCAUCAGCCGGUUCCGGUGGAGUGAAGGGCAAGUACAAGUGUCCGGAGUGUGGUAAACAGUACGCGACUUCGAGCAACCUCUCGCGGCACAAACAGACGCACCGUAGCCUGGAUUCACAGUCGGCCAAGAAGUGUGUCACCUGUGGUAAAGCGUACGUCUCGAUGCCGGCCCUGGCGAUGCAUCUGUUGACUCACAAGCUGUCCCACAGUUGCGGUGUCUGCGGGAAGCUCUUCUCCCGGCCGUGGCUUCUGCAGGGCCAUCUGCGGUCGCAUACUGGGGAGAAACCGUACGGUUGCGGACACUGCGGUAAGGCGUUCGCUGAUCGGUCUAAUCUACGGGCGCACAUGCAAACACACUCGACGGAUAAGAACUUUGAGUGCAGUCGGUGCCACAAAACGUUCGCGCUGAAGUCGUACCUCAACAAACAUCUGGAGUCGGCGUGCUACAAGGAUGAUGAUCCGAAUGAUAGCUCAUCGAAUGGGCCGUUUACCUCGCCCGUUACCAUCGUCGGAGGGCGGAAGAUCUUUCACAGCAGCCAGGACAUCGAUCGGGAUGAGUACGCGAUGCGAGUGGCCAGCAGUCGGCAGCAGCAGCAGCAGCAACAAUCGUUUCUGAACGAUGACAGCUGCUCCACCACGACGAUCGACGUAGUGACGGCGGAUCCGGAGGAGGAGGACGACGGUGAUGAGGAAGAUAUCGAUAUUAUAACGACGUAA